AUGUAUUUAAUUUACGUUACUUGGUUUGUCCUCAAACUAGCAGGAUUGUUCCUAGCAGCCUUCCUGGUGUAUAACCUGAAGUUCAUCUUCAAGCCUUAUUUCUCACGCAGAAGGUUUAAGAAGUACAAAAAUGUGUAUAUGUAUGAUAAAGCUCCUUUUGUCAUUGGUGACGCAUCGAGAUAUAUGGAAGAUAUGAAAAAAAACAGAGUUAAUUUCUACCAUCAGAUAGAAUAUGCAAUGGAACUUAAAGAUAUUGACUUUAGAGUAUCCUUCAUUGCUGAUAGGACCUUUAUCAAUGUGUUCUCCAUGAGAGCUUUGAAAGAGUUUGUCCAAAAGGUGCCCAAGUUUAUUGACAGAAAAAGCCUUGCUAAUGUAGGAUUUGGGAAGAUUUUUCCACGCUCCAGCGUUCAUCAGAAAACUGGAGCAGAAUGGAGGAAAAGAAGAGAGUCUUUUCAAAAGCAUAUCGGGAUUAAUUUCUCUUCCAAGCACAUUCCUCUCAUGAUCGACUGUAUUGGAGAUAGACUCAACACCUGGAAGGAUGCAAAAUCACAGAAAAAUGACGAUUUAUUGAAAGAUAUGGCUGAUACUACUUUUGCUGUGAUCACAAAAGUGUUCUUCGGUGAGAAUAUCUCUGAAGAAAUGGGAGAGAUCGAGUAUAUCGAUCCAACAGAUAGCACAACGAAGAUGAUGAAGUUUGAUGAAUUCUAUACUAACUUGGCCAAAAGUUUGAUGGGAAAUAGAUUUACUCUCAAAGGGCUUCUUCUUCCUUUCCUUGAUUAUUACAAUCUGACAAAGCCUUACAGUACAAAUUACCAAAAUCUGCAGAAAUUAUGGAAGGUUCUUUCAGAAUACUUAGAUAAGCACCCUGAGCAGGAUUCUGUGUAUAACAAGUUAAUCAAUCAAAAAGGAUUGACGAAGGACUAUUCAUUCCAAGAUUCGUUAGGCAUACUCUUUGCUGGACAUGAGACUUCAUCUCAUACCAUAUCUAGCGGGCUCUACUUUCUAUACAAAAAUCCAGUCAUUAAGGAGAAGCUGAUGGAGGAACUUAAAGAAUUUGUGGGGAAGUCCCAUGAUGAAAUUAAAACACUCUUAACCAGAGAGAAGAUUGACAAGCUCGAGUAUCUUCAUCUUGUGAUUAAGGAGAUUUUGAGAAUCGAUCCUCCAGCCAUGGAUGCCAUUCCUUAUGAAGUUAUCCAAGAUACUGAACUCUGUGGGGUUGAGUUUAAGAAAGGAGAUAUGCUCAAUAUGAACAUUUUGUCAAGACAUUUUGAUCCUGCUCAAUGGCAGGAACCAUUGAAAUUUAUCCCAGAAAGAUUUGACCCAGAAAGUGAGUACUUUAAUGCUCCAGAGACCAAUAAAGGAAGAGAUCCAUUCGCUUGGAUCCCUUUCUCUGUUCAUGUGAGAAAAUGCUCAGGACAGACCUUCGCAAUGUUGGAGGCUAAGGUAUUUAUCCUAUACCUCCUGUCAAGGGUUGAGUUUACAUUCCCCAAGGAGUUGUUGGAGUCAGACACUUCCUUCUUCUCCAUCGUAUCGCAACUAAAGUUAAACUUUAGUGCGAAACUGAGAGAAUAGUUAAAUCAGAUUAGAUUCAAUCUCA